UGUUUCGCCCACCCCUAGUUUUCCAGCAGCUUCUUCUUUAUCGACAAACAGAAGGGGAAAAGACAUCGGCGUAAGCUAGCUCCGUAGCAAAAGCGCCUCCAGCUUCUUUAUCCGCUUUAUUUAUGCGGAAGCGCCAUUGAUAAUCAAUAGAAUUUUCUGGAACGUUUUCGUAUAAUUGAAGCUCUUGUUCACCCCUGUCGCUUUUAUAACUGGGCUUGCCUAUUGGUAACACUUUCAUUUGAUUCAAUUAUAUUGAAUUUCACUCGUCCCCGUUCAUCAAAAGCAUCGAUUUUUCUUUCUGGGUUUUCAAUUCUGAAUCAAACCCACAUCAUAUAUCUUAGUGAAUUUAGCUGUAUCAAGAUGGCGAGAAACGCUAACAGUAGCGUGUUUCUCGAAGAAUGGUUAAGGGUUGUGAGUGGAAGCAGCGUCUCUAGUCCUUUAGUGAAGCAGAACUCUGCAGCACCAUCUGCGAGGUCUAUUAUUCAAGCAUGGUCCGAGAUUCGUGAGUCUCUUCAAAGCCAGAGGUUCGAUACACGUUACCUUCAAGCUUUGAGAGCUUUGGUUAGCUCUGAGUCCACUAUCCACGUCGCUGAUCCCCAAGCAAAGCUUCUUAUCGCUAUACUAUCUCUAAAAGAUGUCUCUCUUCCGUAUGAGUCUUGCACGCUUGUUAUGAGAUUACUCUAUGUGUGGAUUAGGAAAGCUUUUCGACCCUCUCAGGCUCUUGUUGGUUCUGCCGUUCAGGCUAUUCGUGGAGUUGUUGUUGAUGAUGGUAGGAGUAAUCUGCAGCCAGUGUUGGUAGCACAGAGCGUUCUGGUGGCUGGUGCUUUUGCGAGUGCGCAUUCUCUGUCGGGAGAGUUGAAAGUGUUGACCUUGGAGUUGCUAUGUAGGCUUUUGGAAGGAGAGGGAUCACUGGUGGGAUCUCGGGAAGAGCUUGUUCCUGUAGUGCUUGCGGGGAUCGGGUAUGGUUUAUCCUCUUCGUCUGAUGUUCAUUACGUUAGGCUAUUGGAUUCCUUGUUUGGCUGCAGCAUUUGGUUGAAAGAUGGUAGUGUCACUCAUGGUCUGAUGGUUCUUCAUUUGGUCGAGUGGGUUGUGUCAGGUUACUUGAGGUCUAAUUAUGUAAACAAGAUGUCUCUCUUUGCAAACGAGGCACUAGAGAUGUCUAAGGGGAACUACACUCUUUUUACUGUCCUAAUGGCCGCGGCCGGAGUACUCAGAGCUUCCGCGGCAGGAUCCAGCGGUGGUUCACAGAAUCUUGAGGUUGUUUCUGAACUUAGAAACUCCGCGGAAAAACGUAUAGAAGCUGUAGCUCAACUUUUAGUUGCUAAUGGUUCAAUCACUCAGAGAGAUGAUCUUCUGUUGAAGUGCUUUGCUAUAGCAUUGGCUCGAUGUGGGACUGUUUCUCCCUCUCCUCCUCUGCUUCUGUGCCUCGCUUCUGCAUUGUUAACUCAGGUGUUUCCUCUGGGCAAUAUAUAUGAAUCGUUUUGCAAAGAUCCUAUUGGACCAAGACUCAUUUGGGUGAGGGAGCAUCUUUCUGGUGUUCUCUUCAAGGAAUCAGGGGCCAUAACCGGAGCUUUCUGCAAUCAAUACGCAAAAGCAAAUGAAGAGAACAAAUACAUUGUGGAGAAUAUGAUUUGGGACUUCUGUCAAAACCUCUACUUACAGCACCGUCAGAUCGCUCUACUGCUUCGUGGUGUAGAAGAUACAUUGCUUGGAGACAUAGAGAAGAUCGCAGAAUCAUCUUUCCUCAUGGUUGUCGUCUUCGCGCUAGCUGUUACGAAACAGUGGCCGAAUCCAACAGUGUCUGAAGAAAGAAAGAUGGAGACGUCAGUCAAGAUACUGGUUUCUUUCUCCUGUGUAGAGUAUUUUAGGCAUAUUCGUUUACCUGAAUACAUGGAGACGAUCAGAGAGGUGAUCUCAUGCGUCCAGGAGAAUGAUGCAACUUGUGUUUCGUUUGUAGAGUCCAUCCCUGCCUAUGGUAGCUUGACGAAUCCAAAAGACUUGUUUACGCAGAGGUUAGAGUAUGAAUGGUCAAGAGAUGAUGUACAGACAUCUCGAAUAUUGUUUUAUCUUCGAGUAAUCCCAACUUGCAUUGGAAGGUUAUCUGCUUCUGCCUUCAGGAGAGUUGUUGCAUCAACCAUGUUUUUAUAUAUUGGACAUCCUAACAGGAAAGUGGCACGAGCAUCUCAUACUUUGUUUGUAGCGUUUCUCUCUUCAGCAAAGGAGUCGGAAGAGGAGGACGAAAGAAACCAACUCAAAGAAGACCUUGUUUUCUAUUACAUGGAAAGAUCUUUGGAGGUUUAUCCUGAGAUCACACCAUUUGAAGGUUUGGCUUCAGGCGUUGCAGCCUUGACCCGGCAUCUACCUGCAGGAAGUCCUGCUAUAUUUUACUCUGUCCACAGCCUUGUUGAGAAGGCUUCAACGUUUCACACCGAUGAGUCCCAAGGAAGAAAGUCUGAUCCUGGUAAUCAGAUUCUUGACUUGCUUCUGAGACUCGUCUCUUUGGUUGAUAUACAAGUGUUGCCGUAUCUGAUGAAGUCAUUAGCACAGCUUAUUAUAGUGUUACCAAAAGAAAAGCAGAACAUGGUGCUUGGUGAACUGUAUGGUCAAGUGGCUGAAUCAGACGAUGUGAUUCGCAAGCCUUCUUUAGUCUCUUGGCUACAGUCACUGAACUACUUGUGUUCUAAUAACCGGACUCAAGGCUCAGGUUCUGGACCAACUAUAGACACUUCGAACCAGUUGGCUGCUCGGCUCUAGGAGGAAUCUCCUCAUAGUUUAGCAAACAUGUAAUAUAGAGAAUAAAAAUGUAGUUUUCCUAUAUGUUAACUAAGUUUUCAUGUAGUAAGCAGAGUUUGGAAUAUAUCUCCUAUUGAUGUCAUAACUCAUGUUCCCAUCUUGUGUUAAGAGUCAGGCAUUCCUUA